AUGGCAUCGUCCGACGCCCUUCCUCCCCCCAUUCCCGACCGAUCAGAUGGCGGUAGACCAGGCAGCGACGAAGCCCGCCGGUGGAGAUCCUCCCGCUGUGAAAGGCAGCGAAACUUCCGUUUCGCCGUCUCCUUCUCCGGCCACUAGAUACUCCUCCCGUUACCUUCACUUCUGGCCUCCAUCGCAGCGGACGCGAGAUGCCGUGAUCCAUCGCCUGAUCAACAUCCUCUCCACCCCUUCCAGCCUCUCUAAACGUUACGGAGUCGUCCCCCAGGAGGAAGCCUCCUCCACUGUUCGCCUCAUCGAGGAGGAAGCCUUCGGCGCUGCCUCCGCUGCGGGCGGCGGACUUGUCGCCUCCGUGGACGACGAGGAAGAGGUCCUACAGAUCUACUCAAAAGAGGUCGGCGAUCGCAUGAUAAAAUUCGUCAAGGAGAGGGCUGCUUCCGGAUCCUCUCUCUCCGCGGAUGGGGAGGGCGCCUCUUCAAUUCCGGCUCCCGGCGAUUCCUCCCACUCGGACGCUAAUGCUGUUACGGAAGCGUCAUCUCUCAAAUCAGAAUCCCCACAAGCUUGAAUCUGAUCACUGGAUGUUCUUUAUUCACUGCAUUACUCCUGCCUUUUUUUGAUAUUUGUUCAAUUAUCCUGACAUUCGGGUCGGAAUUCAUAGUAUGAUUUUUUUCACUUCCUGUCAUCGAUGAAAUUACGACCGUGAAUUCCACUCUGCGUUCGGAUAGUUAAACUCAAGAUCACAAUUUUUUUUUUGU